AUGAGGAUCUACUGCAUGCUCACAGGACUUGGUUGGCUCAGCCUUACUGGAGGACUGGGGAUGUUAAGGAGUGUGAAACCUCCAAGGAACAUGAAGGGCUCGUGCACUCGUCUGGGUGAUGUGGGAUGUGAGUUUGGGCCCGUCGUCAGGCUGGAGGGAGGAAGGCAUUCCAAAUCUUGGGAGAACUUCAGUAAGAAUAAGCUGAGCCACAGUAGGGGCUCGUUUGCUAGUAGUCGGGAAAGCUUCGAUCCAUCCAGAAAAUGUAUCUGUGAAGACUGGGAGAAAUUUAACCCUUUUUACAGGUGGCAUGUGGGUGAAAUCUAG